UCGCUUUGAAUGGACCCUCGACCCUAAGUCGCGAGGGCGGAGCCGGAGCCGGUCGAGGAGUCGCGGGCGGUCGGAGACGGGCGUCGUGCGUCACGCGCUCGGGAUGGCGCUCGACGACGCGCGCAGCGACGCGGCGUCCGGCGGCGACGACACCUUCGACGACGAUUUGUCGGACGACGACGAUGAGGUGUCGGACACGUCAGCAGACGCGUCUGACGACGAAUACGGCGAUUUCGAACGCGAGCUCGACAGGGAAGACUUUCUUCCGCGGUCCGCGGGCGCGGUCGGGUACGUCGCGCCGCCGCGGCACCGCGUCUGGUCCAAGGUCACGGACGACCAUGAAAACGACGCCCGGUCGCCGUCCGGCGCGCGGUUCCUGAAGAGCGGCAAGGGCGGCGCGGGGAUGAGCCGAGGACGGUCGGUCGCGCGCGUCGAGUCGACGGUGGACCCCGGACACGCCGCGCGUCUUCGAAGGUCGCUCGACGCCGCCGCGGGCCCGGCGUACGCCGCUCUUCACGCCGGGCAGGCGCGAGCGGCGGCGAGGGUGGGGCACGCGCGCGCGGCGGCGAGGGCGCGGUUGCGAGAGCAAGCGGACCGCGGCGGCGGCGGCGGCGGCGUGAGCGUCGUCCGCGCGCUCGGCGACCAGCUCGCGCGGACGCGCGAGUACCUCGGCGCCGCGCCUUCGCGCGUCGGCGGCGGCGGCGGCGGGCCCGGACCGGGCGCGCGGCCGUCGAGCGCGCGGCCGAGCGCGGCGCCGAGCUCGCGUCAUGUGUCUCAACCCUCCGCGACGCGCCGCCCCGCGCGGCCGUCGAGCGCGGGACCGCGGCCGGAUUUCACGCUCGCGUUUAACGCGGCGACGCCGAAGAACAUGGUCAUCGGCGCCGAUCAUCACGGUGGUCACGCCUACACGCCCGGGUUCGUGACCCCCGCACCGCGCGUCGGCGCCGGGUACGGCACCGUCGAGGACGUCCAGCGCGCGCGCAGGCGCGAGCACGCCGCAGAGGAGGCGGCGCGGUUGGAAGCCGCGCUCGCGGAGAAUGACGCGGAGCGAGAGGCGCUGACGACGGCGGUCAAGGCGGCGAAGGCGAAGGCGACGGCGGCGCACCGCGCGGCGGCGCGCGGCGCGUCGGCGUCGCCGGCGGCGCGCGCGAGAGCGGCGACGGCGUUGGGAACGGCGUCGCCGUACCGCGCGUCGCAUUCGCCGGAUCGCGUCGCGGGACUCGGCCGCGGGGCGCGCGCCGACGCGACGUCGCCGGAGGGGAAGCGCGGGAUGCAACUCGUGCGGGAGAGCUUGGGGAGCGUCCUACGAGGCGGCGGGUCCCCGGCGCGUCGGUACUGACGAUUAAACGACAUGAUCAAUACAACAACACGAUACUCUGUAAUAAAAACCA